GGUAAACAGAUGACAAGACGAUACAAGGUAUCAUAAAUUAACUGCUGCUUAAUAAAAAAGAAGUGGAUGCAGAUGCUCCAGAUGCAUAUGAAGAAGAAGAAAUUAUAUAUGCUGGAAGUGGUGCAGAAGAGGAAGAAGACGAUGAUGCGCUUGCUCAAGAUAUAUACGAAGCCAAAUAUGCUGACCAGCAAUCAGGUUUACUGGAUGAAAAGAUUGCAGUCGUAGAACAAAAGAAAUGGGUUCCUCAUGCAUUUAAAGACGAACAGCUCAGCGACGUGGUAGCUUUGAUGACUAAUAAUGAAAAGAUAUCCGUGGAUGCACCCAAGAUUGAGAAUCUAGAAGACGUUAGAGUCAAAAAGCGUGUAGCAGGUGCAUGGUCCAAAACAAACAAGUCUGUUAAAAAAGGUCGUGCAUUGUUUACGCCACUCCAAAACAGCUUAUUUCAUCAGAUGAAUCAGUAUCGCGAUAUACUAUAUUGUAAUCGUACAUUAGAUAAUGCAAAGGAGAUUAGAAAUACUUAUGUACUGCAUGCCUUAAAUCAUAUCACAAAGACAAGAGACCGUGUUUUAAAGAAUAAUGCAAAACUUGUAAAAGCACAAAAGGAAGGCAAUGAUGUUGGCGAAUGCCGAGAUCAAGGAUUCACUCGACCCAAAGUGUUGAUCUUGUUACCAUUCAGAAAUACGGUGGUUGAUGUUGUAGAUAGUUUUAUUAAAUUAUCAGCCACAGAACAGCAGGAGAAUAAGAAUAGAUUUUACGAGCAAUACAACUUGAGAGAAGAAGAAGAACUUGAUCCUACUAAACCCGUAGACUUUUUACAAAACUUUCAAGGCAAUAUUGACGAUCACUUCCGCUUGGGUAUAAAGUUUGCAAAGAAAUCAAUGAAACUAUAUGCCGAUUUUUACAAUGCUGAUGUUAUCAUUGCCUCUCCCCUGGGUCUGAGAACAUUGAUCGGUGCUGAAGGGGAUAAAAAGAGAGAUUUUGAUUAUCUGUCCUCGAUUGAAGUUGUUAUCUUGGAUCAAACCAAUCAUUUCUUGAUGCAAAAUUGGGAGCAUAUUGAGCACAUCUUCCAGCAUAUGAACUUAAUACCUAAGGAAAGUCAUGGAUGUGAUAUUUCGAGAAUCAAAAGCUGGUACUUGGAUGGAAAAGCAAAAUACUUUCGACAGACUAUGUUGUUUGCAGACUUUUUGACGCCAGAAUUUAAUGCCUUAUUUAACAAGCAUUUUAAGAAUGUGUCUGGAAAACUCAAGAUAAAGCGAACGUAUGAAGAGGGAUCUAUUCUGGACAUUAUCCCUCAAAUACAACAGACAUUUACACGUAUAGAAUCACCAUCAUUAAGCUCAAUUCAUGAUGCACGCUAUAAAUACUUUAUCGAAAAGACUCUACCAGCUCUUCGUAAAUCAGCCAUUAUGCAAUCACAUACCCUUAUCUUUAUUCCUUCCUACUUUGACUUUGUUCGAGUACGAAAUUAUUUUGAAGAUAACAGAUAUUCAUAUGAGGCGUGUUCAGAGUAUGCUUCAGGACCACAAAUUACUAGAGCAAGAGCACAAUUCUUCCAUGGCCGAUGUGAUUUUCUAUUGUAUACCGAAAGACUUCAUUUCUUUAGAAGAUACAAUAUUCGUGGUACUUUCCACAUCGUCUUUUAUGGACUCCCUGAAGAUCCAUUGUAUUAUACCGAAGUUGUGAACUUUUUGGCUUUAAAAUUCAAUGAAGCUAGUGCAGCUGAAGAAGCUACGUUUUCAUGCACUGCUUUAUUUUCCAAGUAUGACUUUUUGAAAUUAGAGCGCAUUGUUGGCACAGAACGCGCAAAGAAGAUGUGUACAGCACAAAAGAACGUAUUUAUGUUUUCAUAAAUAAAAUCCCAA